UCAACUGAUAAGGAUGAAACCGUUUUGGACGUUCCUGGUGCUGAUUGGAUGUUUUGAAGCUGUCAAACUGUCACCAUGUGCUGAAAUUGGACAUUCGAGUGAAAUUUUCAGAAACGAUCCCAUGGCUUGUGCCGUAUUGGAUUUGGAUCAGGGAAAUUUCACUCACGUGAAUUCCAGCGCAUUCGGGGAAGAUCAGGAGAACUUGGAGCUGAUCAACGCUAUUCUAUGGCAGUUUGGAAGUGAUCAAUUUGAAAUGCUUCCUGCUAGCAUUAAAUAUUUGACCAUCAGUUACGGAAACGUAUCGGAAGUGUUUUUUGUAUCGGAGAAAUUGAUAUCGUUGGCUGUUUUGGAAAGCAAUCUAGAAAGUUUUGUGGUAAUGAACCAAAACAACAGUGAACUCAAAAGCUUGACUCUAAGGUCUCGGUUGUUGAAUGAAGUUCCGUCCGAACUUGGCUACCUUCAGUCGCUGGAGGUACUGAGGCUGAGCAAUUGUAAUCUAAGCUCAGUCAAUGCAGAUAGCUUUCUGAUGCUGGUGAAUUUAACUUUCCUAGAUCUAUCCGACAAUCGAAUCGUUUCGUUUGAGAUUGUUCCAACGGCAAAAUUUCUGCGGCUAAAAGAGCUACAAAUCGAAGAAAAUGAGCUGACCGAAAUCGAUCACUUUCCGGAGGCCUUCCCUAAGCUGAAGACUUUGAGCCUGUUCGACAACCGUUGGUUCUGUGACUGGGUCGGAAAAGUUCGGAGGAAAAUUUGGAAAGCCAAUAUUGUGGUUUACGGAAGCAAUGCGCAAUGCGCUGCUACGGGAGGAUUGUGUUGUGUUAAAAGAUCAAAGCAGGAAGUUAUAGAACCUUUGAAAUUAUAAACUAUAAAAAAAAAUUAAAAAAUUAUGAUCCUAGCUAUUUUUCGAAAUAUCCAAUCCAGCUCAGAAAAAAAUCCUCUAAAACUAUACUUAACAAAAUCACAACUCCCCAGGGGGGCGAAACUUCAACUGCUGUUGUUAUGACAGCGCGAAGUGGCUAUGUAAAUAGCUGCAACCAACAACGUCCAACUGUCACGACGGACGAUUGCUCGAACCCCCAAAGGGGUGGAAACAAUCAGCAGCAGCGCAGAUUAAAUUGUGGACAUCCUGAGAACGGCCCCGUGGUAGCUGAUCUGAAUUUAAGUGACUAAUGGGACAAUAAUACACGUUAUUUACUAGCCAUGCAGUGCUGAAAGCUGCUCCAUAUCCAAUCCAAUAAUCGUGCGGUGCUGCAUAACAAGUGAUAAAGCCCUCCCCCCACUCGAGUAUAUUUCUGGUUUUUAUCUCAGUUGAAACAAAGUAGAAUCGGGCACUGAUUCACUUUUGGUUUGAUAACUUAAUGGAUGUGUGUUUAAAAUUUAUCCAGGCAUUAGGUUGAUUAGGCUGUCCAGUGCUAGAAACUACUAAGAUUCGUAAACUUUCCAAUUAAAAUUGACGUUUGGUAAACACAGCCUUUUUAUAAUUAACAAAUUUAAUGAUGGAUUUAUAUCGUAGAAAACAGACGUGCAAACUCGAUCAAAAAAUCUUCCAAUAAAUAAGUUCAUAAAAUUUCAAAUGUUAUCAACAGAAAAAUACGUUAAAAAUUGACCUUAAAACAGUGCCAUCUAUUGCCCCGCUCAAAAGUUAUAAACCACCUUUCAAAGUGCCAAUUUUGUAAAAGGCGUAAUCGUAUAUGAACAAAUAAAUAAACCAAUGCCUCACUAAAAUUUAAGUAGAAGGUUCCAAUUUAUUGCAAGAUAAAUGCAAUUAGAGUUACUUUUGCCUGGACAAAAUGUUACUUCCUUUGUUUUUGCAUUACUAGAGCAGUCAAUAAAACUCACAGCUUUGGAAUAAGGUUUUGCACUAUUUAAACGAUUAUUAGAGUCAGAGGACGUAAAUAUCGGCUAUUUCCAAUAUAAUCAUUCUUGACGACAGUCUCGCCCAGCAGAUUCAGAACAUCUCCGAGCGGGUUACUUUCAUGUAUCAGUUUUGCACACCAUUGUUUAAAAUUAAGUACUUCUAGUAAGUUUGAAGGAGAUAGUAUAUAAGUUUUCAGAUAUUUUUUCAUUAUGCAACAAGAUUAAUGUGUUAUGAAACUUCAACAGCAAUUUCUUGAAAAAGGCCAACUUGCUCAUACGAUCUGUUCAAAAUUGACUAACUUGUUUUUACAG